CUUUGAGAAAACAGUCUCAUUUACACCUAUUCGCACAAAAGAACAUUUUAUAAAGUCACUAAAUUUUUGUUAUUUUACUAAAACACGAUGCUGGACAUAACCCCUCAGGAAAUAGACUGCAUUAUAAAGGAGCUUACUUCUCCGGAGGGAAAUGUUUGUAGAAUGCAUGAGACUCUAAUCGAGAAACUAAUCGCGAAGACCCGCGAAGUGCUGAUGUGUGAACCGAUGCUCUUGCAACUGGCGGCUCCUGUGAAUAUCUGCGGGGAUAUCCAUGGCCAGUUUACGGAUCUGCUGCGCAUUUUCCAGGCAUGCGGAUUUCCGGGGAAAGCGAACUACUUGUUCCUCGGGGAUUACGUGGAUCGGGGUAAGCAGUCGCUGGAGACGAUUUGCCUGCUGUUCGCCUACAAGGUGAAGUACCCGACCAACUUCUUUCUGCUCCGCGGAAACCACGAGUGCGCCAGCAUAAAUCGCGUCUACGGAUUCUACGACGAGGUGAAGCGCAGAUUCACGGUGCGUUUGUGGCGGAGUUUCACGGGCUGCUUCGACUGCCUUCCGGUGGCCGCGGUUGUGGGUGAACGCAUUUUCUGCUGCCACGGGGGAUUGAGUCCAUCCCUCCGGAGGGUGGAGCAGAUCAACCGGCUGCUUCGGCCAACGGACAUCCCAGACAACGGCAUCCUGUGCGACCUCCUCUGGGCGGACCUCAAUCACACAUCCGCGGGCUGGGGGGAAAACGAUCGCGGAGUGAGCUUCACCUUCGACCAGUCCAUCGUGCGGAACUUCCUGAUGGCCCACAACCUGGAUUUAAUGGUUAGAGCCCACGAGGUUGUGGAGGACGGGUACGAGUUCUUCGCCAACCGCCAGCUGGUCACCGUGUUCUCCGCCCCGAAUUACUGCGGAAUGAUGAACAAUGCCGGUGGGGUGAUGGUGGUGAGCAAGGACCUCGUCUGCUCCUUUGUCAUCAUUAAGCCGGCCCAUAAGUACGAGCUGAACGAACAGGACUCCAGCAAGGAUAUCGAGUGAUGGCCCGGGGGAAGGAAUAUUUCCCAUUUCUGUAGAUAAAACAUCUCCCAUUUGAACGAAACAAAAAUGCAAUUUUAUAUCUGACUUUAAUUACGAAUAUCACAUUUAUAAGUAUGAAAAAUAAAUGAAAGUGGACGCAACACUGUUGACUUAAA